AUGGGUGAAACUCGUCCCAACGGAGAACCACCGAUCGCUGGACCGUUCCACCAGUCCCAGAAGGGAGACUGCACAGUUUUCGUCGAGCAUCAAAACGGUCCUAUUGAAUUGAAGUGUGUUCUGCUCGUCUCUAGGCCCGGAGUUUUGCCUUUUGGAUCUCCUGAAUCCUUGAGCUGGAGGCUUGUUUCAGUUGCCGAGCCUUAUAAGGCUUUCUUCGAGGCUGCCUUGGUCUGGUGCAGGCGCAAAUUGGCAAUACCUAAGGCUAGAAUUGAAGACUGUGCACUUGUGAUUCUUUUCAUUCGCCGAACCAGUCUUUUGAAGCAACUCAUCCAGGAUGACUCUACUAUUUUCAGCAACAUCAACGCUGCCGCUUACUGUAGCACUUGA